ACCAACCAUGACACUUAAAGCUUUUCUGUGUUUGUUGCUCGUCGGACUAGUAGCAGCAGAGGCUGGUAAAAAAGGAUACAGUCCGAAGUAUAACCUGAAAACAUAUGGGAAUCCGUUAGGACCCUUUUUUGGUGGUAACGGAUAUCAAGGAAAUAGCGGUUCUAGAUAUCCGUUGAAUUUCAUAUCUGGAUAUGGACACGGUGGCUAUGCAAAUAACUUUUAUGGUUUAGGUUCACCGUUACACUAUGGCAGUCAUGUCGGGUACAACAGCUAUGGUACCCAAGGUGGAUUUCCUGGAUACGGGUUCAUGAACGGAGGGGGUUUGAAUGUAUUAAGUGGUUAUGGAAAUUACGCUGUUCAUGGUAAUGGAGUUAUGCCAUUUAAGGGAUAUGGAUUCGGUCGAAGACUUGGUGGAUACGGAGGGUUUACCAACUUAAUUGGUUCUGGAGCAUAUGGUAUUGAUGGUAUAAAUGGUUAUAGAUCAUAUGGUAUCGGUGGCAUCAAUGGUUAUGGAUCAUAUGGUAUUGGUGGUCUAAAUGGUUAUGGAUCACAUGGUAUUGGUGGUAUAGGUGGUUUUAGAAACGGAAGAUACGGGUACAAUGGUGUUGGUGGUUUCGGUAAAUUUGGAGGAAAAAAAGGAACAUAUUAGAAUUCCAUGAGUCAUUGAGGAGUAGUUGAUGGUUUUA